CCCGCCAUUCUCGCUAGUUCGAUCGGUAGCGGGAGCGGAGAGCGGACCCCAGAGAGCCCUGAGCAGCCCCACCGCCGCCGCCGGCCUAGUUACCAUCACACCCCGGGAGGAGCCGCAGCUGCCGCAGCCGGCCCCAGUCACCAUCACCGCAACCAUGAGCAGCGAGGCCGAGACCCAGCAGCCGCCCGCCGCCCCCCCCGCCGCCCCCGCCCUCAGCGCCGCCGACACCAAGCCCGGCACCACGGGCAGCGGCGCAGGGAGCGGUGGCCCGGGCGGCCUCACAUCGGCGGCGCCUGCCGGCGGGGACAAGAAGGUCAUCGCAACGAAGGUUUUGGGAACAGUAAAAUGGUUCAAUGUAAGAAACGGAUAUGGUUUCAUCAACAGGAAUGACACCAAGGAAGAUGUGUUUGUACACCAGACUGCCAUAAAGAAGAAUAACCCCAGGAAGUACCUUCGCAGUGUAGGAGAUGGAGAGACUGUGGAGUUUGAUGUUGUUGAAGGAGAAAAGGGUGCGGAGGCAGCAAAUGUUACAGGCCCUGGUGGAGUUCCAGUUCAAGGCAGUAAAUACGCAGCAGACCGUAACCAUUAUAGACGCUAUCCACGUCGUAGGGGUCCUCCACGCAAUUACCAGCAGAAUUACCAGAAUAGUGAGAGUGGGGAAAAGAAUGAGGGAUCGGAGAGCGCUCCCGAAGGCCAGGCCCAACAACGCCGGCCCUACCGCAGGCGAAGGUUCCCACCUUACUACAUGCGGAGACCCUAUGGGCGUCGACCACAGUAUUCCAACCCACCUGUGCAGGGAGAAGUCAUGGAGGGUGCUGACAACCAGGGUGCAGGAGAACAAGGUAGACCAGUGAGACAGAAUAUGUAUCGAGGUUAUAGACCACGAUUCCGCAGGGGACCUCCUCGCCAAAGACAGCCUAGAGAGGAUGGCAAUGAAGAGGAUAAGGAAAAUCAAGGAGAUGAGACCCAAGGUCAGCAGCCACCUCAACGUCGGUACCGCCGCAACUUCAAUUACCGACGCAGACGCCCAGAAAACCCUAAACCACAAGAUGGCAAAGAGACAAAAGCAGCCGAUCCACCAGCUGAGAAUUCGUCCGCUCCCGAGGCUGAGCAGGGCGGGGCUGAGUAAAUGCCGGCUUAACAUCUCUACCAUCAUCCGGUUUAGUCAUCCAACAAGAAGAAAUGAAUAUGAAAUUCCAGCAAUAAGAAAUGAACAAAAGAUUGGAGCUGAAGACCUUAAGUGCUUGCUUUUUGCCUGUUGACCAGAUAACUAGAACUAUCUGCAUUAUCUAUGCAGCAUGGGGUUUUUAUUAUUUUUACCUAAAAACGUCUCUUUUUGGUAAUGACAAACGUGUUUUUUAAAAAAGCCUGGUUUUUCUCAAUAUACCUUUAAAGGUUUUUAAAUUGUUUCAUAUCUGGUCAAGUUGAGAUUUUUAAGAACUUCAUUUUUAAUUUGUAAUAAAAGUUUACAACUUGAUUUUUUCAAAAAAGUCUACAAACUGCAAGCACCUGUUAAUAAAGGUCUUAAAUAAU